CACCGCAGGGGCAGUAUGGCCGCCGGCGGCGUAGUGGUGCGCUGCAGUGAGUGACAGAUACGCGCUCGUCCGUUCGACCGACGCAUCUCCGGGGUGUCCGCGCGCGCCGCGCGAAACCGCGAGUGUAGAAUGAUCGUACCCAUCUGAGUGUGAGAGAGAGAGCGGGUGAGGAAGAAGGUGCGAGAGAGAAGGCGAGGAUAAGGACGAGGAAGCGUACUGUGCGACUACCGCCACUGUCCCCGGCACCGGUGUGAUGAUCAAGGAUAUGGCGGACGAUGAGGCCAUACAGGCCACCAACGACGACGCCAGCGAGUGCAAGCGCUACGCGGUGCAGCUCGGCUACUGGUGCGACCCGUUCAUCAGCCUGUUCGUCAAGCAGACCGCGCGGAAGGCGCCCGAGAUCAAUCGCGGCUACUACGCCCGGGUCAUGGGCAUCGAGCUCUUCGUCGACAAGUUUCUCAAGUUGUCUGGCGGUAAAGGGCAGAUCAUAAAUUUGGGCGCUGGCUUUGACACACUCUACUGGAGGCUCAGGGAGGCGGGGAACAGCCCCGCGAACUUCGUAGAGCUCGACUUUCCCAGUAUCACCGCAAAGAAAUGUUAUCACAUCAAGAAGCACAAGCAAUUAAUCGAUAUGUUAAAUACCGAAGACGGUGAGAUCCGAUUCUCAACCACCGAGCUGCACGCCGCAAACUAUCACCUGGUUGGUACUGAUCUGCGACACAUAGCGGAGCUAAAUAACAAAUUGACCCAAGCCGAAGUCAAUUUCAAUUUACCCACCAUGUUCCUCGCAGAAUGUGUUCUAGUGUACGUAGACGCUAGCGCGACCUCGUCACUGUUGAAAUGGCUGGCGGGCAAAUUCCCAAACAGCCUUUUCGUCAGCUACGAGCAGGUGAACAUGAAGGACAAAUUCGGUCAGGUAAUGCUGUCGAAUCUACGCAGCCGUGGGUGCUUGCUAGCAGGCGUGGAGGACUGCGAGUCGCUGGAGACGCAACAGAGACGCUUCACCAUGAACAAUUGGGAGGGCUCGAGCGCGUGGACAAUGGUGGAGGUUUAUGAUUCACUGCCCGUAAUGGAUCGUAGCCGAAUCGAGCACAUAGAGAUGCUGGACGAGCGAGAGCUACUCACCCAGCUGCUCCAGCACUACUGCAUCGCCGUCGCUUGGAACGGACAAACAUUCAAAAAUCUGUCUAUAGCGCAGGGUUAGGCCGCCGUCUAGCUCUCUCUGUGUGUGUCUCUCUCGCGAGUUACUCCAGGUAGUGAUAUAUACUGUAUAAUUCGGUAAGCUCUCGUAAGUUUUACGUAAUAUCCCGGUUCGCAGCAGGAGACUAACGUUCUCUUUGGAAUCGCGCUUGAACAUUAACAUGUCGGUUGAUCGGUAGAUCGGUAGAUCGGUAGAUCGAGGCACUCGACGGGAGGUACAAUCGGAGCCAAUCGACGCUUUUAACUUAAUUUUCAGACAGAGAGGCAAGACCGCCGUGAUGUUUCUUGUACGCGCUUCGAGUGUAUUCCCCGUUCUCUACGGAACGCGCAUUGCACGUACAUACACACGUGCACGUCUCACAGAUGCGCUAUUUUUUAACCGAGUGCAACCGUGUGAGCGAGAGAAAUUUCCCCGACUUCGAGGUACGCGCGCGGCUGCUAUAAUGUAAUUUGGUCGCGGAUAAGCUCCGGCGUCGCCUUUCACAGAUAAGAUUUCCAGUCAUUCUAAUUUAUAUUUGGACAUAUCCGAAUCAUGUAUAAUGUGUAUGACGAUCCCGUGUGAUCUGCAGGAGUUUGUCGAGGUGUGUCUCGUUCCCUAUUGCAGAUCUUCAUGUAUAAAGUUACGCUCGUUAUUAUAAUUAUUAUAGACUGCUAAUUGUUAUAUAUUGCGGCCAAAAAACGGAGCGCACGGUAGCGCGCAGAGUAAUUUAUUAUAUUACGAGAUACGUAUCAUCGAAGAUCAACACGCUUACAUUGUCAUUUAACUGUCGAACGAAUUGUUUAUAAUUUCCUUGCUACUUGAAACGUAUAGAGCUUGUAUCACUAUUAAUCCCGGAGAAUAGUUUCGUACGAUCUACGUGUGCUGUCCAACAUUCUCCGCACGUAAUGUGCGUUCUGGUCUCGUGCAAAAGCUAAAAAUAUUUAAAUUUAUUUAAAAAAAUACAUUCGUAUCCAUAUAGAUUUCCGACUCUCUGAAAGUCUGGUAUAUAUGUACAAUAGUUGACGUAAAAUUAUUCCGUACGCGCGACCCGAUCUUUGAGUGUACAUUAAGUAUUAGAGAUUAUGAAUUAUUACGAAUCGCGAUAAGAGGCGAUUAGUAUUACGAUAAAAAAAACGCUGUAUAAGUGACCAGUUUCGUACAGGCGUGGGCCUGCGAGCGAAGAGUGAUUACUUAAGAUAAUAAAAGCAAAAAAGUGUGCAACGAAAGUAAGACUUUAAGUAUUGAGCGAGAUACCCCAGUGAGGGAAUCGACGCGCGAUCGAGUACCCGAUGACCGCGCAUCAGCGAACGUCAAUCUGAACAAUCGGCGUGAUACAUACAUAUAUAUAUAUAUUUUCUUAAUUAAUUUUGAUUCUCAUCCAUUCGCAAAGUAAAGAACUCGUUAUCGUCGCUUGCACUCUGCGAAGUAAAGAGCGCGUGUCGAUGUUCUUCGACAUACAUAUAAUACAUAUAUAUAUAUGUGUAUAUAUAUACACACACGUACGUGAAGUCCGAUCAUUUUACUUUGUAAACACACGAAGAAACGCUAAGCACAGUGUUCCGCUUCUUUCCAACACCAAUGCAAAGAGAGCACGUUACACUUAAGCAGAAACGGUAUAGUGAGGGAUCGACAAAGAUUUAUUUUCGUAUUGAGGAGUAUCAGGGUUACGCAUGUGUGUACUCGAUUUAAGGAGGAUAAAACGAGGAGGUGCCGUACGCUCUUGCGAGACGAUUCAAGUCAUCUCUUUGUAGAUACUGAAACGCGCACGAUGCCUUUAAUAACGGGCAGGACUUGGGCCUUAUUCGUCGCUCGCACGCAAAGCGCGAUCGCUGAAGUGAACCACUAAUUCUGGUCUGGAGGACAGUGGUUGCUUCCCUGGAGGGUCUGACGGCCUACCGGGUUGGAAUAGCCCGAGUAGCAACGUUGCAUAGCGCGUGACCUCGGCGAUCGCGCGUCGUGCGACGAUCACUUCUCGGUCCGGUCCUUGACGAAUUGAGUUCUCACAAAUCGCCACUUUCUUCUAUCUUGUUCCGACCGUUUCUUUCUGAUACUUUUUAGUAUUACGCGGACGGUAGAUCCAAGAGAGGACGCGUCUACUAUCGCGUAAACUGCUUUUGGAUUUAUAAAGAACGUACAACUGGGUGGCUUCUUCGAUCUCUUGCGCCCCUCCCGCCCCUGCGACGAGUAAAAUUACAUACCUGGAGUAACAAACACGUAUAAAGAGAAUAGUCAGAUGUUCUAUUUUUCUCAGAAGUUACAAAUUGCAGCCAUUGUUACGAUGUCUAUCAACGUUCGUAGGUAAAAAUCCCGUACUCUUUCUUCGCCUAUGCCACCCUCGCCCGGCAUGUCGCCUUUUUUGCACGUAGAAAGAUAUCCGGAAGACCUAUCUUUCGCGUUAGUUUCGUGUCACGUGUAAGCCAUUUGAGCCGUGAAAAUUGGCCGAUUUAUUCGUGCGCUCGUCAUGUGUUCCCGUUGCGGCUUUAAGUUUGAGAAUCAAAGUUCCUCGCGAUCUGGCGUUCUCGCAUUGGCGUCCUCGCGAGAAUUCGAGCACAGCACUGCCACUGUGAGAAUUGUAACUCGGCAAACCUGUAAUUUAAACGUGCGCUUGUCAGCCCUUCAAAGCGAAAAGGAAUCAGUUAUUUAUUUUCACUUUAUUUAUUUUUGUAACAAUUUGAUUUUUUUCUACGUAUUUCUGUAAGUCUGGUUCGAUCUUAAUUUUUAGUUACACUAGAUUGAACAUUUCAGAUGAUUAACAACGAAUGCCACUUUGCUAGAAUUGUCACUAAAUGAAUUACGUAUUUUUAAUUUUGUUCCAACAUCCUCCGCGUGGAAUUAUUAAUUGAUUACGCACUAGUGGCAAAUGAGUUUGCAGAGUGCGGGAAGUGACAAUUUGAAUCUCAAACUUAAAUAACGCGAUUUUACCAUGCGGAUUGUGCGUGCAGCUCCAUGUUUCUUCGCCUCGAUUUCGUUUUACAUUAUACAAACUAUUAAUCUCAUAUACGGAUGUUGUACACCUUUAAAAAAAAGAAUAAGAUACGAAACCUAUAUAGACAUU